UUCGCUGUAUAUUAUUAUUAUUAUUAUUAUUAUUUUUGUAAGGGUCAGCAUAGCGAUAAAUUGUGAGAACGGAGGGAGGCUACUCCGUUUGGGCAUGCGCAUUAAUGGUGAUCUUGGUACAUAGGAAUAAAACAUAACCUGGUGAAAUUUUAUUGAUAUUAUUUAAAAUUGAGUUUUAAAAGAUAAAUAAAUAAAAAAUAAAAGAUGUCGUGGAUAAGUAGAAAAAUUUGGACAUCAUUUACACCCUGGAUGCCGCAAGUUACUCAAGUACGUAAUCUUGAGCUUUAUCAUUCGGAGAAACGUGCCAAGGGUCGUCUAGUUAGACGUUAUGGAUAUUCUGAUCCAAUAAAUGCACGUGGAUUGUUACCACGAGAAAGUGAAGAAAGAGUGAGGACACUGCCAGUGUAUCGUCCAAAAGAUCAUUGGUCAGAGAAAAGAGCUUUGUUUGGACAAAAUGAUUACAUUGACAUUUUGGGUGAUGAUGAUCUUCAUCCCACUAGGAUUCUAUACAAUGUACCGUCUUGGCUGAGAGGUGUAAACGGAAAUGAAUUUCAAGUAUUGCUGAGAAAAGAAAAAAUUUGGUCUAAAGGAAUUUUUCCAUUUGCUAGACCAACAAGAUGGAAAAGUAUCAAAAAACAAAUUAAAUUUUUACAUAGAUUUCUUAAUACAAAAACAAGAAAUAAAGUAUUUUAAUUUACUUUUAUUAUUAUUGUUAUCAUUAUUAUUAUUAUCAAUUAAACUACUAUAAAAUAAUGUAUAAUGUCA